AUGGUGUGUACAUUUGCUGAUAGCGUGGAUGUAUCAUAUUGCUUGAUCAGAAGAACAUUUUUUGGGUAUCCCCUAACUAAAGCAGGUUCUGGUCUGGUCCAGCAGACUAAAGAUGUUUGUUUGAGGUUCCGCAGACCACGAAGUUCUACAACAGCUGCUGACACAUCUGGAGAGGACAUCUUACUCAAAUGGGGCCUUUUCCUGGUCCCUCUGACUGCGUUCUGUCUUGGCACUUGGCAGGUUCAGCGACGAAAGUGGAAAUUAGAUUUGAUUGCACAACUGGCAUCGAGGAUUACAUCAGAGCCCAUCCCUCUGACAUUAGACCCCAUGGAAUUGAAGGAAUUGGAGUACAGACCUGUAAAGGUUCGAGGCCAUUUCGACCACUCCAAGGAGCUCUAUAUUUUGCCACGGUCACUUGUGGACCCUGAGCGAGAAGCAAGAGAAGCCGGGCGGCUGACAUCCCACCCGGAAAAUGGAGCGAACGUCGUUACUCCUUUCUACUGCACAGAACUAGGGGUCACAAUUUUAGUCAACCGAGGAUUUGUGCCCAAAAAGAAAUUGAAACCGGAGACCAGGCUGAAGGGACAGAUUGAAGAUGAAAUUGAUCUCACCGGGGUGGUGAGGUUAUCAGAAACCCGGAAACCUUUUGUGCCUGAAAAUAACAUUGAGAAAAACCGCUGGCAUUACCGUGACCUGGAGGCUAUGGCAAAGGUGACUGGCGCUGAGCCCAUCUUUAUCGAUGCAGAUUUCAGAAGCACAGUCCCAGGGGGGCCCAUCGGAGGCCAGACAAGGGUGAGCCUGAGAAACGAGCACAUGCAAUACAUCAUCACCUGGUAUGGCUUAUGUGCUGCAACUUCAUUCUUGUGGUACAGAAAAUUCAUCCAAAAAAUACCUCUUUGAGGGGAAGGGCUGAUCUCUUCUCUACUACAGUCAAGA